UACUUCUGCUCCCUUCAGCCACACUGAUCAGAGCCAGGCACGCACCUGCAGGGCCGCCCGUGAGGCGAAAGACACGGAGCCCGCACAGCUCCCACCUGCGCCCGCUGACCCGGCGCGUUUAUGACUCUGCAGGCCGAAGACAGCUUGCAGUCGGCACGAGCCGCACGCGGUAGGGGUGGGCUAUCCCGCGUGCGACCUGCUCUCCUUCCCUCAGCGAAGAGCCCUACGCCGCCCGGUGCCGCUCGGCCGAGAGGGGGGCGGCCCGUGGCCGAGGCCCCCGCUCCCUGCACCGGCGGGCUCCUCCCCGUCGCGAAGCCGCUGCCCCGCCUGCCCCGCCUCAGCCCGGCGCCCCGGCCGUUCUCGCCAUGCGGCUCUGGGUGCUGCUCAGCCUGCUGCUGCUGCAGGAGACGUUGCCGCACGGCUUAUGUGCAUGUGGCACAUGGUGAGAACAGAUAGCAGCUGUGUGUGAGCCUCUGAGAUCAGUCACUGCACUGCUGGAAAUAAGUGCACCUUUUAAGCAACUGCAGCAUGCAUCUCAGCUCCUGCUGGACAGUUAUUGGACAGUCUGCAAAAAGUAAGCGUCAAAAAGAACCAGGGGAAAACAAAAUCAAGCCUAUCAACAAAAAAGUAAAACCCAAGGGCCUAAAAAUGAAGGAAAGGGAACCUGUCGACUCUUCCUCCAAGUCCCAGUCCAUACUGAUGCAGGUGAUGGAUAAAGGCCGUUUCCAGAAACUGACUGCUACUUUAAGCCUGUCUGCAGGACAAAGCAUAGAACUGCGAUGUAAGGGGAGUAAUGUGACUUGGAGCUAUCCUUCAUACUUGGACACCUUUAAAGACUCCAGACUCAGUAUAAAGCAGUUGGACAGGUAUGGUCAGCUGAUCCUUACAAACUCCACUGCGGCAGACACUGGUGAAUAUAGCUGCUGGCUUCAGCUGUGCAAUGGUAACAAAUGCAGGAAGGAUGAGACAAAAACAGGUUCAACGUACAUCUUCUUCACAGAUAAAGAGGAACUUUUUGUACCUACUCCCAGUUAUUUUGAGAUUGUCUACCUGAACCCAGAUAAACCUGCUGUCAUCCCAUGCCGUGUCACUACUCCUUCAGCAAAAGUUACUCUACACAGGGAAUUUCCAGCAGAAGAAAUUGAAACAGAUGAAACUAAUAUUAUUUAUGAUGCGAAGAAGGGCUUUGUCUACCAGCACCCUACUUCUGAUCAUAAAGGUAUUGUCUACUGCAAAGCAGAGUCACAGGGAGCACCUCAGAUUUCCAUCAAGUAUCACCUACUCUAUGUGGAAGUCCCCAAGGGCCCACCCUCAGCCACGAUUGUGGCAUCACCCAGUAGAGCCAAAGUCAGUGAUGGUAUCCACGUAGCCUGCACUGUCCUUGGGGAGCCAGAUGUAGAUGUGAACUUCAGCUGGCAGUACCCAGGGCAAGAGCUGGAACGGCCUGUGAUCACACAGAAUUUCUGGAGACUGAUAAACAGAGGGACUGGACACACCACAAGAAUCUCAAAGAGUGUUCUCAUUAUUGAGGAUUUUGAAGCCAGAGAUGCUGGAAACUAUAUUUGUAUAGCUCAGAACCUACAAGGAGCAACAACAGUGGCAACUAGAGUUGAACUAAACUAAUGGAAAGGCUUCUGGACUCCGUAAUGAACUGUAUGUUGCUUUGCAUUUUAACCAUUCUGGGUUUUUUUGUUAAUGUUUAUAUAAAGUUUUCUCUAUUACAUUCUUUUCCUAUGUCAGUGCAUCCCACUUUCACUAGAUUGCCAGGCCAAAACAUGUUGCCUUACACCUGGCCAUAAUCAGUUGUGAGUUAGAAACACUAUAGAUUUACUACUAAGUUUAAUGCUAUAAAGUGUAAUCCACUUGAAGCCUGAAUAUGCAUAUGGCUUAUUGUACUUGGGAAUAGAUGCUCUUGCAUUUUCCUUUGCGUGUGGCCUUUUUCCUCCAACUCUUCUACAGGGUUAACCUGCUGGAUGGUUUGUGCCUUUUUCCUCUGUGAAAACUCAGGGGAUUUGUAAUACCUUCAGAAACCCGUCAGUGCAGGUGCAUCUCUUCUGGUGCUGUGCAAUAUAAAAUAUAGAGUACUGUACAUGUUUAAAACAAAAAAGCAAAAAUCCAUAAAAAAAAAAUUCUGAUAGAACUAGCCAAU